AUGGUUUUCAAAGGGUACUGGAGGAAGCCGGUUCACUGGAUUCUUUCAUCCCGCUCUGGUCUUGCAGAGACUGAGUUGGAGAAAUUAUCCAAGCUUGCAAUUCCAUACUUUUCUCGAGUUGGUCUCACGCCACUUUAUCUCAAUUCCUCGAACACCUUCAUGAGUUCUUUAAGAAGAGUAGAAGACCAGAGAUUGGUUGACCCUGUGAUCCUUGAUGUUCAGUUAUGUGAGCUGUUAGCAAGGGCCUCAUCAAAAAACGAUGGCAACUCAUUUCGUUCUCUGCUUGAAGCACAAAAUGCUGAUGGUCAAACUGCUCUUCAUCUGGCAUGCAGGCGGGGCAGUGCUGAACUUCUUGAGGCUAUUUUGAGUUAUCCAGAGGUCAACGUUGAUGUUCUUGAUAAAGAUGGGGACCCGCCACUUGUCUUCGCGCUUGCAGCUGGAUCCCCAGAGUGCGUUCGGGCCCUUCUUAGUAGAUAUGCUAAUGUCAGAUCUAGGCUGAGGGACGGGUUUGGCCCGUCUGUUGCUCAUGUCUGUGCAUAUCAUGGCCACCCCAAUUGCAUGCGCGAAUUGCUAUUGGCUGGUGCCGAUCCAAACACAAUUGAUGAUGAAGGUGAAUCUGUACUGCAUAGAGCCGUGACAAAAAAGUAUACAGAAUGUGCUCUUGUUAUAUUAGAACAUGGGGGCUGUAAAUCUAUGGGUAUCUUAAACUCGAAGAAUCUAACGCCUCUACACUUAUGUGUCACAACAUGGAAUGUAGCCAUUGUGAAAAGAUGGAUUGAAGUUGCAUCUUCUGAAGAAAUUUCUGAAACGAUAGAUGUACCUUCUAGAAUCUUCUGGAUUCUCUCGUGUGGCAAGUCUGCCAGCGUGGAGUGGUAUGGUCCCUCUAACAUAUGUGCAUCUGUGAUUCGGGAUCAUACCUCUUCAGGGUUCAAGUGA